CCCUUCUUCAAGGACCACCAUGACCGAUCCCAAGUUGCUCAAACGAGAUGACUUCCCCUACUUCUUAUCCUACCGGACGCGCUGGAGCGACAACGAUCAAUACUCACACAUGAAUAACACGAUCUUCUACCACCUUGUCGACUCGAUUGUCAACACGUAUCUCAUCGAAAGUUGUGGUCAGAUCCCUCAAACUUCACCUUCGAUAGGUUUUGUCGUUUCCUCUUGGAGCCAGUUUUUCGCCCCAGUUUCAUUUCCGGAUUUGCUUGAUAUAGGUCUGAGAGUGACGAAGUUAGGAAAUUCAUCGGUGUCAUAUGAAGUUGGCCUGUUCAAAUCAGGAGAAGAUGCCCCGUCGGUUGUUGGUGGUUUUACGCAUGUUUUCGUAGAACGAGAGAAGAGGAAAAGCGUGUCAAUUGGGGAACGGGUUAGAGCGGGGUUGAAAAACUUGUUGGUAGAUGCUUCCAGGAGGGAUCAGGAGCCCGUUAAGCUGUGAACAAGGGUGUAGUGCGUGCAUGGUCGUUGUGGUCACCAGUGUUUUCUGGGAAUCACUCUGAAUGACAUCAAAUAUCAGUUAUCGAAAGAUACCCGUGUGU